CAUUUUUAAAACGGUAUAAAAGGAACAAUUUAUUAAUAGAAAGUAUUUUUUUUAUGUUGUUUAUGGAGUAUAAGUCAAUUCUUACUUGGUUUUUUAUUGUUGUUAUUAAUUCCAAUAAUAUAGUAUGAACGGUGCUUAUUUUUGGUUUUUUUUGGUUUAUUAACUCUAACAGUUUUGUUAUCUAGAAACGAGAAGAAGUAAGGAAUUUUUAAUUGCUUAACUAUUAUCGCUUUCAUAUAAUUGCACAUUAUUGUAUGACGUUGUUAAUUUUGUAGUAUCUAUAGCGUAAUUUAGUUUGCUUUUUUUUGGCUCUCUACAGAGAACAGCUGAUGGGAAGACAAAACUAUAUGUAAAUAUUACCUUUUCUCGAUAACAGAUAGGCUUUAUUUUGUCAUAAUAAGAGAAUAAGAAUGAGUGUGAACGAAAAAGACAGCUAACAACUAAUUGUAUAUCGUGUAUAAUCUUAUUAAGUAUAGUCUAUAUAUAAGAAAAGCUUAGUUAUGAGUUAUGAAAGGUGUUUUUUUUAACAAAUACUUCUUCAGAAUCUCCUAUCAGGAUCCGGAUGAAGAAACUAAGGAAAACGAAAAAGCAUAUAUCCGAAGUUUAAAGAUGAAUCUUGAAACUCAACAAUCGAGUCAUAUUCCAGUUGUUAAACUACGUCAUACCGAAGAUGACUCUGUUCCUGCAAUCGUUCUUCCUUCUCCUAUUUUUCAUCCAGAUAAAGAUAGUGAAGCUUAAAUAGUAGCUUGUAAUGAAACCAGUAGUUUUAUGUUUGCAAUUGUUAACAGGAAUAUUUUUGAGUUCUCCCUGAAAAAUUGAAAUUAUUUCCAAUGAUGUUUUUUUGUCUUUUACAUCUUGUACUUUUAUAUUCCUUGCUUAUGUUGAAAGAAAUUGACAUGACAAAAAUAAAUGUAAUAGAUGGCGCUGUAUAAGUGCGCAAGUUUGUUUCUUAAAAGAAUUGGUGACAAUCGUUUCUAGGUAACGAAAUUUCUAAGUGGUCUAAACGAAGAAUAGGACACCUGUUAACUAACUUCAAAGAAAUUUGUAAGACCAUUUAUGAGGGCCUUGUUAAUUGGUAACAUACGUUAUAAAAACUGCGCAUGCGCGUCGAACUAACAGCGUGGGGUGCGCAGCGGGGUGGAGAUAUCCCACUGGGAGUUGGCCCUGGCGUGGCCGAACGCUGCAGUUGUUUAGAAGAUUCUACGGCGGUCGGUUAUGUCUAGGAGGAAACAGGCCAGACCUAAGGCUCUACACCGGAAAUCUACCGACAAACCUCCUCGUCUCGGUACGUAGACAAACACUAAUUAUAAAUAUGAAAUAAUGACUAGGUUCAUAAAAUAAUAUAAGAUCUAUUCCCUCUAUCCCACUUUAACUGAUCCUCUCCGACUAUUCGUUUCUAAGAGUAACAGGAAAAGUUGUAUGUGACUUUUUUCUUUUCGAAAGUAAAUUGCCAGUGAGAAGGAGCUUGAAGAGGAACGAUGAAGCGCAUCAUAUAGAUUGCUGGAUCGUAUAUAUAAUUCGUUUAACUUCGCGUCGCAAAACAAGCGGAAUAGAGAGCAUUGCUGUAAUUGCAACAUGCUUCUAUUCCCUCUGGUAUUCGACCGUCAUUAGCCGACGAGCGCAGAAACAGUAGGAUAAUCUACGUCUCUCCUCUAAUUACCUAUACUAUAGGCUCAAACGUCGCAUUACUCAUUCGCCGUCGCGAAUCCCCCCUAAACUCCCACAGGAGUUUUGCCGAAUAAAUGUCAUUCAUUUUUUUCGCUGCGGUAAAAAAAGAAAGAAGAUGAGAAGUUCACUUAAAAAUAUAUAAAUAAGACACAACUAAGUGAAGGGGAUUUGAAACGUCGGGUGGUAGGAGGAGAGAAAGAGCGGUAGGGAAUAGUCUAAGAGACUAAGGGAAAAAGAAAGAGAAAAAAACCCCAAUCCACCAAGACCCGCGGCAUGACACAAUCGUUGCCCGGGUAACCGCGGGGAAUGGAAGCAUUAGUUAGCUCCCCGGGGAUACUGACGUAAAUGUCAGCGACCCUCCAGGGAAGGUAGUACAGUCCGUUUUCGUUUAUUGCAGACUGCGAAUUAUGUGAGAGAAACUUUAGUGAAGAAAGUGACUUCGACAAACACCGGACGGUUCAUUCGAGGAAGGAUGGAGUUUACAGCUGUUCCUAUUGUUCGGCUCGUUUUAAGAGAUGCGAUCAACUUUCCGCGCACGUUCGUUCGCACGACAAAUCUCGACCAUAUACAUGCUCCAGAUGCGCUUCUUCUUUUCCAACCUUGUCGACUUUUUCUACGCAUAUAACUUCGCAACAUGCCGAUUUCUUUCCGGUGGAUAUAUGCCCGAUCUGUGAGGACUUCUUUGAAGACUUAGAAAACCAUUUCUAUUCGCACGACCCGCCUUCUGCUCGGGCGAACGAUCGAUGGCGAUCAACUUACGAAUGCCCUUAUAAGCUUUGUCAAAAGAAGAACUUUGUAAAUCAGAAAGUAUUGGAUAUUCACAUUCAUACAAUGCACGGUCAAGGUGGACAAGCAUAUGUUUGCGAGCUAUGUGAUGCUGUGUUUCCUACAUUUUUUGAACUAGAUGAACAUUCGAAAGAGGAGCAUAGCAAGGUAGAACGAAAUGAUUCGAAUACAAUGUAUUGCUCGCAUUGUGCCAAAGCCUUUCCAAACAAUCACGCUUUGGCAGAACAUGUAAGGGAGUCACAUGGAAUUUUUAUGAGUUUAAAAAGUGAAAUUCUUAGUCCACCUAAUAUCGAGUCAGAAGAGUCUAAGACUGUCGAAUAUCCUUGUUCCUCCUGUAACCAAGUUUUCUCUUCUGUUGAUCUACUUAAUGAUCACCAAUUAGACAAACAUACAGAAGUACUCUACAGGUGCGGAUUUUGUAAAGAGACUUUAGACUCUAAAGUAGGCUUACGCGUUCAUUUUUCAAUGAAUCAUUCGAAUGAACAGCGUUCUUAUAAAUGCACCGAUUGUUCAGCGGCGUUCACAACUGAGAUUUUAUGGCAAAUGCAUAUGAGACGUCACAAUUCAAAGCCCUACAGGUGCCUUCUUUGUGAUGAAACUUACGCCACGGAAAGAGAAUUGGAAGUUCAUUCGGUCACUCAUAAGAAGACAGUCAAGUGUCCCAUUUGCGAGGAAGCAUUCCAUGUUGAGUACCUGCUAGAUCUUCAUCUUCAGACAGCCCAUUUCCCUGUCGCCCCAUCUCCUGCUAAAAGAUCAAAGAAGGAAAGAACCAAAUGUGAGAUUUGCGAUGUUCGUUUUCCAGAUGAAUUAGCACUCGUUCGCCACAGAAGAAUAGAACAUAAACUCGCUUCAUCUGUUUCUCCAUCAACGUUAAAAUGCGUCUACUGUCAAACUGAAUGCUUUAAUUCUUCCGAAUUAGAAUUUCAUAUACAAGAAAAACAUGCUCCGCCGCCUAUAGUUGCUCACAAAUGUAAUAUUUGUGACAAACUCCUGCCCUCUUCUACUUCACUAGUUCAGCAUAAACUUAGCCACGUGACACUUCCGUCCCGCCUCACUUGUUUCGUGUGCCAAGCCUCUAUCGCCGAAAAAGGAGAUUUUCUUAAUCAUUCAAGAGAUCAUUCCGUGAUUGGGAGUAAAUGUCUUGUUUGUAGGCAGGCGGUCAAUUCCACAGAAGAACUUCGAUUACAUUCUCAACAUCACUUUCCGGAAGAGAAAUGUUCCAGGUGUCAUAUUACUCCGACCAAUACCGAACCUUCAUCACCGAACGAGAUGUAUUCUUCGCAAAAUCGAACAAAUGAUAAAUCUAAAGUUUGUUCGUCCUGCCUAAUGCAACCGGAGAAAAAGAACAGUCAAUUACCAAAAGCCUAUCAAUGCAUAAAAUGUCAACAGUCAUUUCUUUCGGAAUCGGAGAUCCAAGCUCAUGUCGCCACUCACAUGCUGAAUGAAUCAAAUGUUCACGAAUGCAGACUUUGUUGGAAGAAUUUUGAUACUCCAGCACGUUUACAGUGCCACUUAAUAGAACAUUCUUAUGAUCAGGGUAAACCUUUUGAAUGCUACGUCUGUGGUAAGAUACUACCUUCAUCGGCGGGUAUACAACAGCACGUUUUAGAGCAUUCUGUCGGUUCAAGAAAGUAUUCAUGUUCAAGCUGCUCAAACGUCUACUUUUUUAGCGCUGAAUUAGAAAAUCACAAGAUAAGUCAUCAUUCGCAGAUGACAAACUCUCCAACUCCUUCACAGUGUCGUUGUCCCGUUUGUGGUAUUAUGUACGAGAGUUCAGCAAUUCUUCAUCAGCACGUUCUCGACUCUCACAGUAGCUCGAGUAAGAAGAACGAACAAUUGGAAUGCGGAGAGUGUAGGAGAACAUUUGCUUGUCAGGCAGCACUUAUCUCACAUUCCAAGUCUCACAAAUUUGGUAAAGAAAACAAAAUGGCCUCACAAACUAAUAAACCAUUUUCAUGUUCUAUAUGCUCUAAAAAUUUUACUAAAAAAUCUCAAGUACGGGAACACAUGAAAGUUCAUUACAGCCAAACAGUAUUUACAUGUCCCCAAUGUAGUGCCAUCUUUCGGGAAGCUGACGAAUUACGACUUCACUCCAACUCAGUUCAUUAUUUGGAUGAUUCGUGCUCAUUAUGCCAGCGUUCAUUCGCCGAUUCUCAGGAAUAUCGGGAUCAUAUGUUGCACAGUCAUAGAAUCAGUUUAAACGGUGUGGAAGAAGGAAUGAAAUUAGAAAUUCCAGACAUUAACGUCACAGAUUAAUUUUUGACGAAUUGUUUUGUGUCCCUUCCAUGUCUUUUUUCCUGUCGCCAUAUAAUAAAAAACAAAAAAUGUCUCUACUG